AUGACCCAAGGGGUGAUCAUCAGGGGCACAGAGAGCAAGCCACACUCCCGCCCCUACAUGGCCUACCUGGAAAUUGUCACCUCGCAGGGGAAGCAGAAGGCUUGUAGUGGUUUCCUGAUAAGAAGGGACUUUGUGCUGACAGCUGCGCACUGUGCAGGAAGGUCUGUAACAGUCACCCUCGGAGCCCAUAACAUAAAAAAGAAAGAAGACACAUGGCAGAGGCUUGAGGUCAUAAAACAGUUUCCUUACCCAAAAUAUGACCCUGUUGGUCUCCACGACAUUAUGUUACUGAAGGGAGACUCAGGGGGCCCUCUUCUGUGUGCUGGGGUGGCCCAGGGCAUUGUCUCCUAUGGACUGUCCAGUGCAAAGCCCCCCGCCGUCUUCACCCGGAUCUCCCCUUACCGGCCCUGGAUCGAUGAGGUCCUGAAAGAGAAUUAACCUGGAACCUGGGCCAGCCUGAGGGGAAACCAGAGCAGGACUCCGGCAGGUUCCCUGUGCCACUCACCUUGGAUCUGCCUCUGGUUUUCCUCUUAAAGUCCUGUCACGUCCCUAAUCCUUAGGA